UAUGGUGAUGUCACGGGUGGGCGGAGCCGAGUGAUAUCUGCUGCAUCUGGUACACUUGAUCGAGCGGUUCCCGGGGAUGCAACCACAAAUUUAACAUCGGUUCCUUUAACGCACUGAAAUUAUAUCACGACGUCGGGGCCGACGAAAGGAUUGUUGAGGACCUGAUUUGACAUGGCUGAGCAGCAGAGGCAGCGAACUCUCUCCACCUCUGGAGAAUCUCUCUAUCAUGUGCUGGGUGUCGACAAACUGGCCACUGUCGAUGACAUCAAGAAGUCAUACAGGAAAUUGGCAUUGAAAUAUCACCCUGACAAGAAUCCCGACAACCCUGAGGCAGCUGAUAAGUUUAAAGAGAUCAACAAUGCCCAUGCCAUUCUUAACGACUCAACAAAGAGAAACAUCUAUGAUAAGUAUGGCUCUCUUGGACUUUAUGUGGCUGAACAGUUUGGUGAAGAGAACGUCAACACUUAUUUUGUCCUGUCCAGCUGGUGGGCCAAGGCUCUGUUUAUUUUCUGUGGCCUGGCUACAGGCUGCUACUUCUGCUGUUGCCUGUGCUGUUGUUGUAACUGCUGCUGUGGGAAGUGUAAACCGCGGCCACCUGAGGGACAGGAACAGGAAUUCUAUGUCUCCCCCGAAGACUUAGAGGCCCAACUGCAGUCCGAUGAGAGAGAGGCAGGUGGAGGUGAGCCCAUCGUGAUGCAGCCCUCGUCUGCCACAGAAACCACCCAGCUAACGUCUGACGGUUACCAUACUACUUACCACACUGACACCGGCUUCAAUUAAAUGCUCCACUCUCUUCACCUCCACCCUGUGGAUUGUCUCUCACCAUUCUGCGCCAUCUCUCCAAGAGGAAAAAAAAUGGAAAGAAUCCUUCAACUACAAUUAAAAAAGCCUGUUUCUGAGAGGAGGAAAGCCAGCGAUGGAGCUGAAUUCUUUACCAUAUCCCGUCUCUUAUUCACACACCACUUCCUUCACCCACACAAGAGUGGCUCACAUUCGCCUCACCGUACCGUAGCUUAUAAAUCGAGCUUAAGAAAAAAGAUAAAAAAAGAUCCUGUUGUUGACCCUGAUCUCUUUGUUGCCUUCAACAUCCGAUCUUGCCUUCCACUCGUUCCGUCGCUCCUCCUCCAGCCAGAUUUGCUCGUCGUCCUGUGGCAUGCACUGUUCCUUGACUUCGUUUUUUGGUAUAUUUAUUGACAUGAAAUGUUUGUUCCCAUUUAUAAGUACUUGAGUGUGGUUUAAAGUUGACUCCGUGAACUUGCCAUAGGUGUUCGAAGACUAGUGCGACUGUGCUGAGAAACAACAGGAAUAUAAUUCAUUUUUAAAAUCUCCAAUAUUCUGCUGCAUACCUCUUAUUCCUGGUUCACUGCAGAGUUUGAAUCUUUUGUGUCCCUGUAGUAAAUUUUAUCUGCUUUGUGUCAUGUAAUUGAGUUCAGUUUUGAAAUUAACCGCAACAUUCAACGUUAAUUGGAUUCUUUGGAUCGCUUUGCUUUGUUUAUCCAUAAGUAGUGUUGUUUUUUGUUUUAUUAGAGCUUUUUUUCUGAGAGAGAGAUACAAAUGAUGCAAAUUCUAAUAUUUCAUUCCUUCCUAGUAUUUUGCUCAUUUACAUCUGGGUGUUGGUGUUCCUGUCUUAUUCUGAGAACCAUUUGUAACAAGCUGAGCCAAACUUAGGACUCUUCUCUAUAUAUGGAAUGGAUUUAACUGUCAUCUCUGUGUAGUGUAGUUGUUCGUUGAUGUGCGAUAACAUGUUGGGCUCUUGGCUUUGGUCUUAGUGUUAAGCUCAGUUUGGCCCAGUUGUGUCUCUAUUCUCUCAUCAAAAGAGAAUUGUGAACACAAUCUGACAUAGACUCCCAUAGUGUCAUAUCACGGUGAGUGUGUACGUAAGGUGGAAACUAUAACAGAUGAGACAUUUUUAUAUAGAUAUACAAUCUAUACACAUCAUGUGUAUGUACAAUAUAUGUAUAUUUUGGUCAUUUUUAUAUUUUAGUUGUUGCCGCAUAUAGUUAUUAAGAUAACUAUGCUUGGUGUCUGUGGUAAUGGCCUCUUGGGGCCACUUGAGACUCCCUAUGCCAAGAUAUGCUGUCUAUUGUGAGAUAAACGCUUGUAUUUUAAAGAAUUUAAUUCCUAAGCGGUAGCCAUGUAUGAUGUUUGUUCUUACAAUUUAUUUAUUGAAGUGGCAAAGUUUUUUUGUUAACACUACUAGCAUCUUGAUACAUGCUUCAAGUCCAAGGACAAAAUAUGUAUAUUAGCCCUAAAAGAGUGAAGCCUGUUUUUAGGACUUUUCUGUAAUGUGUUUACAUUACAGCAGUGGUCAUGGGAUUGUUCUCUGCAGUAUAAGGAUAGAGAGAAAUAUUCUGAAUUGGCAUGAAAAUAAUGCUAAAAUCGUAAUUGUCUUAAAAAUAGGCUUUUUCACAAUGAAGCAAAUAGAAGACUAUGUAAGAGAUUUUGUUUCUUGGCAGUUGUGCUUUCCUUCAUUUUGUUAAACUGCAAGUUCGUCACCAAACUUGAAAUCCUUGAUGUCCUGAAGAUUAUUUGAGCAGCUAAGGUUUGAUUCUACCUGCAAACAAAAGCAUUUAUUUGAUAGUUCCUCCUCCU